AUGUACCGUCUUCUCGCCGGCACCGCCGCCGUCACUGCUGUGGCUGCAACGGACGCAGGCUACGCGCCCCAAGUGAAGAGCGGCUACGGCGGUGGCAACACUGGCUACGCGCCCCAAGCCAAGAGUGGCUACGGCGGCAACAACUACGCUCCCCGAGGCAAGGGCGGCUACGGUGGUGGCAAAUCUGUCUACGCGCCCAAAGGCAAGGGUGGUGACGACUACGCUCCCAAAGGCAAGGGCUACAACCGCAAGACAGUGUCGUUUCCGCCGGCGUACGCAAUCAUCGACCCCGACUACUACAGUACCAUCUUUACGGGGUACCAAAACUGUGUCGCAGCCAAGUGCGAUGUGCUUCCGAGCGACUACAGCGCGACUGGCAUCAACGACCGCAUCUCGACGAUCGCGGGCUACACGUCGUGCGUCACGGCGUGUGCGGCCGGCCAAGCACUCGAGACUGUCGAGGACUUCCGGACGCUGCUCGAGAGCGUGAUCGAGAUCGGGAACGACCAGCUGCGCCAGGCGCGCGUGUACCUCUCGGGCCUCGGUGAACUCGACGUGAUUGGCGAGCGCGUUCACAUUGGCGAGUCGUGCUGCCUCCCCAACAGCCACUUUGCGUCGUGGGAGCGCAUCAUGAUUCCUGUCAAAACGAAAUUGAAGCGGUCGCCCAACGACCACGGCAACGCGUACCAUCCCCGAUACCCGACCAAGAAC